AUGAUCAACUCUACGCACGUUUCCUUUUUCACACUUGCAGCCUACUUUGACACGGGAACUUUGAGGUUAUUUUAUUUUAUGAUGGUCAUGUCUCUAUACAUUGCUAUAGUUAUUGUCAACGUAUUUCUCAUUGCUGUUAUCUGUAUGAACAGAAGCUUACAUGAACCUAUGUACCUUUUUCUGUGCAGCCUGUUUGUAAAUGAACUGUAUGGUAGUACAGGGGUGUUUCCAUUCCUUCUGGUUCAGAUCCUCUCUGACGUUCACACUGUUUCUGCUCCACUUUGUUUCCUGCAGAUUUUCUGUGUCCACACUUAUGGAGCUAUUGAAUAUUUAAACUUAGCCAUCAUGUCUUAUGACAGAUAUCUUGCUAUCUGUUUUCCUCUGCAAUAUAACACACAUAUGACCUCUAAUAAGAUUGCCACUCUUAUUGCUCUGACAUGGUUAUACCCUUUGCUUGCAUGUAUUUUCAUAAUAUAUUUAAAUUCCCAUUCCGAGCUGUGUGGGAACAUCAUUUACAAAGUUUACUGUGACAGCCACUCGGUUGUGAAGCUGGCCUGCUCUGAUACCCGUCUAGUUAACACAUAUGGGCUCAUUGCAUCUUUUGGCACAAUCUUUGGAGCUUUCAUUUUUAUCAUUUACACCUACAUGAGGAUUUUUAAAGUUUGUUUUUCUGGCUCUAAACAGACCAGACAGAAAGCUGUCAGUACCUGCACACCUCACCUUGCUUCCCUCUUGAACUUCUCUGUUGGGGCUAGCUUUGAAUUAAUACAGAGCAGGUUUAAUAUGAACAGUUUACCCAAUAUGAUGCGAAUAUUUUUAUCGUUAUACUGGCUUACAUGUCAACCGCUCUUUAGCCCUGUAAUGUACGGCCUGAAAAUGUCCAAAAUCAGAGUCAUAGGUAAAAGCCUGAUGUCAAAUGUCGGCUUUUGA